UUGGCAGGGAUGCCAAACCCAGCCGUGAGACACGCCCCCUAGUUGCCUGGCAUCAACUGGUGCACGGUGUCUGGCUCAACAAGAGCACUUUCGACGAGGCCGAGCGUCUGUUCAUCCUACGGUCACGAGUCUGUGACAUCCCACGCUCCCUCCCCAUCCCAACCUCUGGGGUCACUACUACCCCAAAGUUGUGGGCAACUCCAGAUGAAGGCUACAUCAGCGCUACCCCUGCCACCCCCAUCACUCCCGGUUUCCCCACCGGACGAGACCCCAGUUCUCUGGUCAAUGGCAUGUUCCCAAAUGCCAGCCACUGCCCAUUGGCACUCCAGGUUUGGCUGGAAAAGCCGCUGUACGAUGAUGCUGAGCGACUCUACCAUGAGAAGCUGCAUGGUGGCCCAGCCCUGGUCAAAGAAGGCUGUCCCCAACCAAAGGGCCAGAGACCUGCUGCCCCCAGCCUUGCUUCUGCCCAUCGCAAUGGCUCUCACUGCUUGCUGUCCCCAGUAAAUGAGGAUUCUCUGGCUGCUGCUCAUCACCUUGUUCAUGAGGACAGUGAGCUGGUGUGGUUUAAUAAACCCAUGUAUGAUGCCGCCGAGUUACGUUAUCAUCUGGCUCAAAUGCAGAGAGCUGCUGACCAGCCUCAGAAACUAGAACCAUUGCAGGUGCCACUAGUGGAGAGAGCUGCUCCUGCACCACCUUGCCUGAGGCUCCACGAUAAGAACAUGGCAGUUAACUUCCUUGCAGAGGAAAAUAUCUGGUUCGAUAAAUACAAGUAUGAUGAUGCCGAGACGCAAUACUACAUUAAACUGAACUGCCCAGUCUCCGACAAAGUACAGAAUUCACCAGCCAAGCAGGAGAAUGGAGCGAGUAACAUCCUUCGAGACAUUGCCAGAGCCAGGGAGAAUAUCCAGAAGUCACUGGCCGGAAUCCAAUCCACUUGGGAGGCCAGUGAUAAUCCCAAAGAAACAAUCCAGGAUAACGUCGAUCCAACUUCAAGCCACAGUGCUGUGCAAUGUUCAGAUAUCGAGAUGUGUGCCCGGGUCAUCAGCCUAGAGAAGGAGAAUCAGAGCUUGCACCAGGUGGUGGAAGACCUGCGGUUGGCAAUGUCAAAGUUGGAAGCCCGUGUGUCCACGUUGGAGAAAUCUUUGGUCAGGACACAGCCUGCAAUCUGCCCACAAGCCCAACACAACAAGCCCAGCACAACGAAGCCCGAGGUUAAGAAGAAUGAAGAUGACGAUGAUGAUCAAGAUGACAUUGAUCUCUUCGGAAGCAGUGAUGAUGAUGAGAAGGCAGAAAAGGAUAGGGUCCGUGAGGAACGCUUACGUCAGUACGCAGAGAAGAAAUCUAAGAAACCUGCCGUCAUCGCCAAGUCCUCCAUCCUCCUGGAUGUGAAACCAUGGGACGACGAGACAGACAUGGUGAAGCUGGAGGAGUGUGUGCGGACUAUCCAGAUGGAUGGCUUGGUGUGGGGAGCCUCCAAACUCGUCCCUGUCGGGUAUGGCAUCAAGAAGCUCCAGAUCCAGUGUGUGGUGGAGGACGACAAGGUUGGCACAGAUCUGCUGGAGGAAGAAAUCACCAAGUUUGAGGAUUACGUGCAAAGCGUUGAUAUUGCUGCUUUUAACAAGAUCUAAAGACUGCUGAGUUUUUGCAAACUUACUGAAGAAUAAAGGCGAAUUGAGAUA